AUGAGCAGGCAACAGCGCCGCCUUCGCGCCGCGGCGCUGCAGCGUGGAGAGGCGGCCGCACAGCGCUUGACCGUCCGUUUGACGCAGUCGCUGCUUGCGGUGGCCACUGGCGCUUGGGCAAACUUCUGUCGCGAGGUGAAGGCAGAGGCGAGGCAGAUCCUAACCAUGUCCAUUGUGAAACGGCAGCUGGCAGGGACGAGGAAGCAGAUCCUAUCCGUGGCCUUCACCGGAUGGCAUCAACACCACCGAAUCUCACAGGAUGCAAGUGGCCGGACAGGCACCCCAAUUCUGCAACCAGCCGAAGAGAGUCCCAGGAGUGCGGUCUGCGUGAGGGCACUCGGCUCUGGUGGGGAGGAGGAAGACGAGGAGCGUGA